AUGGCUGGUACUGCUAUCAGAGAUAUCAUUUCCGACCCCUCAUUGUUGCCCGUCUUGAACACUGCCGCCGAGACUCGGGAUCUCUGUCACAAGCUAUUGUCAUUGCUGGACCCGUCAGGCGCCGCCGACCAGCUCUCCGAAUCGCCACAGUCGGUGCAAAAGCACCUGUUUGCUCUUCUUGCUCAGCUCCGAGGUCAGAAUCGUGAUGCAAUUUUCCGAGUUCGAGAAACAAAGCAGCGUACUGCGGAGGCCCGGCAGGAGAUCGAUCGGCUACAUCUGCAACUUCAAAACCUGUAUUACGAGCAGCGACACCUGACAGGGGAAAUUGCCGCUUGCCAGUCUUAUGAUCAUAAGUACCGGUCGCUUCCUCUAAUACCGGUGGAGGAAUUCCUGGAGCUGCACCCCGAGCACCGAGAGUCAGAUGAGCACGAAUUGAUGGUUGCGCGGAUAAACCACGAGCAUGCGGAGCGAGAGAAGCUUGAGCAGGCCCGACAGGAACUUCUUAAGCGCAAACAAGCUCUAAUUACAGAGAAUAACAAACGGAAGGAGGACCUAGCCAGUCUCGAUCAGGAUCUCGAGAAGUUCAUCGAUGCUGCGAAACCCAUUCAGAAACUUUUUGAGAAGGAGUACUAAA